AUAAUAAAUGUAAUUAAUAACCAAACAGAUUCAUUAAUCAAAACAAGUUUAUUGAUCAUUCUCUGGUGUUGACUGUCCUGAAUGGUCUGGCCUGAUCUGUCGGACCAAAAAUAUGAUUCAACUGCAAUAAAAGAUACAACUUCAGGUACCAAGUUUAACUACUGAGGUGGAAUUUACCUAACACAAAAUGGCAUCCGCAUCUGAACUCAGGAUUGUGAUAUUUGGAAAAAGCCAGAAUGAAAAGACGACACUAACUAACUUACUGACUGGAAAACAAGAUUGUUCUCAUCCAAGAACGCGUGCACAAUUUGCACAUUUGCACACAAAACCCUUCACAGUAGUGAAAACACCAGACGUCUUCAGUCUGCCUGUGCAAAGAGUGAAACACGAGAUGAAGAAGUGUGUGGCUGAAUGUCCUCCUGGACCAAAUGUUCUGCUGCUGUUAGUGAAGCAUUCUAAUUUCAAUGAAGAGGACAGAAAAAAAAUUAAGUCAAUCAUAAACUUCUUUGGACAAGAUGCUUUUAAAUCCUCAAUGGUCAUCAUACCAAAAAAUGAUUGGGUUGGGAAUUCCACAGUUUAUCAACUCAUCCAAGAUUGCAGACAAAGACAGCAUAGAAUGAACUUUGAUGAACACGAUUUUCCAGACAAUGAUUUUCAAGAGUUGAUUGAGAAAAUGGAGAAGAUAGUGGAUGAAAACAGGGGACAAUAUUUGACCUUCACCGAAGAGACUGUUUGCCAGGGUAGACCUGAAUGUGCAAAACCUACUCUUACAAGACGUGGAUCAGAAGCUUAUCAAUAUCAAGGAAAAGGAUUUCACAGAAUGGUGCCGGGUACAGCAUCUCUCAGGAUCCCUCCCAGGAUAGUGCCAAGAAAAAAGUCUCCCAGGAUAGUCCCGAAAAGAGAGUUUCCCAGUACGGUGACAAGUAGAGAGUGUCUCAGGAUGGUGCUGAUUGGAAAGACUGGUUGUGGAAAGAGUGCCACUGGAAACACCAUUUUGGGCAAAGAAUGCUUCAAAUCGAAAUCCAGCCCAAAGUCAGUGACCGAGUUUUGCGGGACAGAAACAGGGGAGAUUGAUGGGCGACGUGUCGUCAUAAUAGACACCCCUGGCUUGUUCGACACAACUCUGACCAAUGAUAAAGUUCAACAGGAGCUUGUGAAAUGUGUCAGCUUGUUGGCUCCAGGACCUCAUGUGUUCUUACUGGUGCUGCCGAUCGGUCGCUUUACAAAGGAGGAAGAAGAAACUGUGGAGCUGAUCAGGGACUUUUUUGGCAAGAAGUCAGAAGACUUCAUCAUUGUCGUAUUCACCAGAGGAGAUGAUCUUGAAGACCAAACGAUUGAGAGUUACAUAGAAGAAGACACUGAGGGAUCCUUAAAAAAUCUGAUAACUGAAUGUGGAGGAAGAUACCAUGUCUUCAAUAACAAUGAUCAGGAGAAUCAUUCUCAAGUUAGCCAGCUGCUGAUCAAGGUUGAGACAAUGGUGAAGAAAAACGGCGGUGGCUACUACACCUCAGAUUGGUUUCAAGGAGCUGAGGCAGCCAUACAAAAAGAAAAAGAGAUCAUGAUGUUGAAGGAACUAGAGAUACAGAGGAAACAGAGGGACCUUGAAAGAAAACAUCAAGAAGAAAUGCGAGCGAAGGAAAGAGAAUUGGCAGAGCUAAGAUCAAAAAAAAAAAAAAAAAAAAAAAAAAAAAAAGAAAAAAAAAAAAAAAAAAUAAACUUGAUCAAGAAAAAAAAAAAAAAAACCAAAAAGAAAAAAAAAAAAAAAAAGGAAAAAAAGAAAAAAAAAGAGAAAAGAGGGGGAAAAGAAGAGAACAGAGAUGAAAGAAACUAAGAAACGCAAGCUAGAGAAGACAUAAAAAAAGAGGCUUGGGAGCAGGAAAGAAAGGAAUGGUGGAACAUACGAUAUCAAGAAGAGCAACAGGAACGAGAGGAGGAGCAAAGACGACUUGAAAAGCUCAGACAGGAGCAGGAAUUUGAAAGAUAUGAAAACAAAAGAAAAGAAAAAGAAGAGAGGAUCAAAAGAGAAUAUGAGGAAGAAGAACUCUAUCAGGACAUUGAUGAAAUAAGGAGGAAACACGAAGAGGAGGUCAGAAAGCAAGCUGAACAAUGCCACGAAUUCAGACACAAGUAUACACAGGAAGUUUUAGCUGAGAUGGAAAAGUGUGGAAAGGAGAUGGAGGAUCUGAAGCAGAGGCAACAAAACCAAAAUGCCUCAAUGAUAAAACAGUUGUGCAGACACAAAGUAUACCAGAAAGACUUUAAGAAAUUGAAGAAAAACCAAGAACAAGAAAUGAAUGAGCUGAAAUUGAAACUUUUAAACCUUGAGAAACAGAAUCAGAGCAAUGAAAUCCAUGAGCUAGAGAAAAUACAUGAGGAGGAAAUACAUAGGUGGAUACAGGAACAUGUGAAGAAAGCCAGCGAAAACAAGGCUUGUCACAUUUUAUGAGAUGUUUUGUUUUUUUCUCACAGCGGCACAGUUUCAGCUGAAAAACUGAGCUUUUGUUUGAAGACUAAAUAUUUUGUGAGAUUUUUGUCAUGUUGACUGGUGUAUAUAGUUAGCGUAUAUAAAGUUGUUCAGGUACCAUUAGUAUUAGUACUUAUUAUAAUACAUGGACAUCCCCUUUGUUUUGGAAGUGUGCUUCUUCUGGUCAUGCACUUUGUAGCACAACUGCUCUCCAUGUCACUUGACAAUUUAGCAUCAAAAACCUGAUCCUGCUAAAACAUUAGAUGUUCAAAGGUUUUAGGCAGGAUUGUUUUAUUUCCACAUUUAAGGCAAACCCCACCACAGUUGACACUAGAUCUAAUGAUCUAUUUACAACUAGCUUUAACAGAGACUAAAAUGUUCAAGUCAUGAGCAUUUAAGCUUUUGUUUGAAGACUAAAUAUUUUGUGAGAUUUUUGUCAUGUUGACUGGUGUAUAUAGUUAGCGUAUAUAAAGUUGUUCAGGUACCAUUAGUAUAUUUAAUAUUCAAUGUCUGACAUUAAAAUAACAAUAUGAUAAAUUACGUUGUAUAGUUGUAAGUGCAAAUGUCUGUAAACAGAUAACAAUUAUAGUAGCCAAUGCACUGUAGCACAUCAUUUGUUUAACUUCUGUUAACUUUAAGAGCUGAUUAAGUUUAAAUGUAUGCAUGUUCAAUAGCUGUAAAGUUCAGUGUAUCUGUAGCCUGUACUGUCAUUUAAUAUGACUUUGUCUUUUUGCACAAGUUAACAAUUAACAAUUAAACUAUUUUGCAUUAAGACAGGUAAGAGAUAUUACAGCAAAUGUUAAGAGUAAACUAGUGAAACCUGACAAAUAAAUGGAUGCGGAAAAAAUAAUUACAUAUCUGUUUUUGUUUUACAAGGAAUGUCUAUUUCAAAAAGUGUUUAUAAGAGAUGAAUACAUUUUUUUAUAUGGAUGCA